UAGUUGCGGCGCCGUGACACCGCCAGGAGGUUUCCGGGCCAAUUCUGCGAGGAGAGAAGGAAUGAGGGGGCCGGUUCCCGCGUGGGGUGAGCCUGGGUACCGGGAGCGAUUCCCCCACCCCCGGCGCCCUCUGGCGGGCAGAAGCCGCGCUGCACCUGGGGGGGUCCCGGAUGCGGGGCGGCCACAACCGCGCCCCCCAGGGCCCUUGGGUGGGCCCCGGCUUCCCCCACCCUCCCACUCGGGUGGUCGCCACGCUGGGACAGAGGCCUCAGGUCCGACAGCGGGACUCCGCCCCCGCGCCUAUGCGCGCCUGUGCUCGGCCCUGCCCUCCGCAGCAGCUUUCCGGUGGCUCCGCCUGCGGCCCAAUUUCCAGGCGACUGUUUCCCAGCGACCGCACGGGUGGGGCGGUCCUGUCCCCCCACCCCCCGCCAGCGCCGGCGAGGCCCCGCCUCUGGUUCGGGUGCGGGAGCGGGGCCUGCCUGUGGCUGCGACGCCGCAGGCGGCUCGGGGUGGUCGACAGUGGCACAGGCAUGGCACGCACGGCCUCCGGGGUCGGCGGCACCCCGGGUGGGCCACGUCUCUUCUCUGGGCCUCACUUCCCGCGUCGGUAAAACGGGGGCGAGAACCGGCCUUCAAGGCAGUACCGCGCGUAAGUCCCUCCUGUAAGCCCGGCCCCCGGGGGCCUGACCGGGUCUGAGGUGCGGACGCCGCGAUGGACUCGCUGGCAGCGCCCCAGGACCGCCUGGUGGAGCAGCUGUUGUCGCCGCGGACCCAGGCCCAGAGGCGGCUCAAGGAUAUCGACAAGCAGUACGUGGGCUUCGCCACACUGCCCAAUCAGGUGCACAGGAAGUCUGUGAAGAAGGGCUUUGAUUUCACGCUCAUGGUGGCCGGUGAGUCGGGCCUGGGGAAGUCCACACUGGUCCACAGCCUCUUCCUGACCGACUUGUACAAGGACCGGAAGCUGCUCAGUGCCGAGGAGCGCAUCAGCCAGACUGUAGAGAUCCUGAAGCACACAGUGGACAUCGAGGAGAAGGGCGUGAAGUUGAAGCUCACCAUUGUGGACACGCCCGGCUUCGGGGAUGCUGUCAACAACUCGGAAUGCUGGAAGCCCAUCACUGACUAUGUGGACCAGCAGUUCGAGCAGUAUUUCCGCGACGAGAGCGGCCUCAACCGCAAGAACAUCCAAGACAACCGCGUGCACUGCUGUCUGUACUUCAUCUCCCCUUUCGGCCAUGGCCUGCGGCCCGUGGAUGUGGGUUUCAUGAAGGCCCUGCACGAGAAGGUGAACAUUGUGCCCCUCAUCGCCAAAGCUGACUGCCUGGUCCCUGGUGAGAUCCGGAAGCUGAAGGAGCGGAUCCGGGAGGAGAUUGACAAGUUCGGCAUCCACGUGUACCAGUUCCCCGAGUGUGACUCCGAUGAGGACGAGGACUUUAAGCAGCAAGAUCGGGAACUGAAGGAGAGUGCGCCCUUCGCGGUUAUCGGCAGCAACACAGUGGUGGAGGCCAAGGGGCAGCGGGUCCGGGGGCGACUGUACCCCUGGGGGAUCGUGGAGGUGGAAAACCAGGCGCAUUGCGACUUCGUGAAGCUGCGUAACAUGCUUAUCCGCACGCACAUGCAUGACCUCAAGGAUGUGACAUGCGACGUGCACUAUGAGAACUAUCGCGCACACUGCAUCCAGCAGAUGACCAGCAAACUGACCCAGGACAGCCGCAUGGAGAGCCCCAUCCCCAUCCUGCCACUGCCUACACCUGACGCAGAGACAGAAAAGCUCAUCAGGAUGAAGGAUGAGGAGCUCAGGCGCAUGCAGGAGAUGCUGCAGAAAAUGAAGCAGCAAAUGCAGGACCAGUGACCCCAGCCCAGCCCCACAUCGCCAUGGAUAGACUGCCAGUUUCCAGGCUGGCCCUUCCCAUUCCUGGACCCCAACUGGCCUGGACUCAACCCUGGAAUCAUCUGGAGCUGCAACAGACCUGGGCACAACCCCAGUCCCAGAGUGACCUAGACCAGGACUGUUCCCAGCUGUUACUGACCUGACCCAGAGACGCGGGGUCACAGCCCCCAGCCAACCCUAAUUUAUUCUCAGCAUCAGUCCCUCCCCUCAUUUGUAUCUGCUUCCAAGAGGCCUGAAAGCAGCCCCUCACCACAGCUGGCCCCCUAUGGCCUUGGGGGAGAAGCUGCUAGGUUGGGGCAUGGCUUUUAAGAUCUACCCCUGCCCUAGAAGGCCAUGAACUCCAACUCCAGGCCCUACUCAGGUGGGUGGGUAAAACAAGGCAGAAGAGGGGAGCAGAUCCCCAGCAUCCCGGGGCCUAAUUCCCCACCCCAGUGCCACAGAGUGGAUGCGGGAGCCCUCCUGUGCCCACUCCCUUGGGCCACCCAGCUUAAGCUGAGACCUCACUUCGUGCCGAGGCGAACCAGGUCUUUCCUUACCUCCUCACCCCCUCACCGGGUAACUCAGUGGGCGGGCUGGGCAACAGAAGCACUCAUAAUCCCUCCAGACCAAAGGAGGGCAGCUGGCUGCAGGCAAGGAUUUCAUGGGCCUGAUGGGGCUGGGACACCCGUGAUCGCCCAUAUUCCUCACCCAUGGCUAUGGCCUGGCCUGAGGGCUCUAGGAGUAGUGGGUGGUGGUGGGUGACCCAAUAACCCCCUAUGCCUGCCUAGACUGCCAUUGCCUGCCUGUGGCCGGAGGUCCCUUCUCCCCAGCAGCACUGUUGCCCUGAGUUCCCUAGCCCACCCCUCCCAACCACCAAUCCCCAGCAUGAUACCUUCCCCCCAAACCCCAUUCUCCAGUUUUGUUCAAUUGUGAAUGCCACGUCCUGUCCUGGUGACAGGAAAACAAUGUUGGUGAAGUCCCA